UCUUGCCCUUGGUAAUGCCUUAAACACCAGCCUGCUACAUGAUGCCAGGCCCACCCCAAUGAAGCACCUCUUUUGGUCUUCACCAUCUCGAAGUUGACAAUGGCUAUGAUGACUUUUCAGGGGCAAAAGAAGGGGAGACGGAAGGGGCACCAACGCUAUGAACCUCCCGCGUCCCGACCAGAGGCGACCUGAAGCCCGGAACAACGUUGGUGCGGUCUUCCAAUCUCAUGCGGCAACACGUGGGCAAAUCGGAGCCUCUGGAAAGCAUCCGACUUGAACGUCACCCCCUGACUUCACCUGACUUUUGAAAAGAGCGUUGAACAGAUUGCAAAGAGCGACAAGUUUCGUGUUCUUGCUGCCCUUUUCCGAUACUCUCUGUUUUUCUUUCGUAUUUUUCUUCUUAUUCUUCCGCCGUUUCUGUUUGCUCCUGUCUUGGUCGUUCGUCUUCGUGUUUCCUUUCUGAGUGUGUUUCUUAGGUCACGCGUUGCAGUUCACUUCGGGGUGGGCUUCCGUGGAUGGAGACUUUGCCCAGACCGUGAACGACCUCCGUCAUCCGCGUCUCACGCCGUCGCCGUGUAUCGCGGACUUCUCGGGCCUCAUCCCGACCUCCCUCAUCACACCGCGACCUCACUGCGAUCUCACUCGCUCACAUCAGCCAGUGUCACUCACUCACCCACUGCCACUGAUCCCCUCACUCACUCACUCUCAUCCUCACCAACUCACCACUCACUCCGCCAAGAUGCGUUUCCACUGCAUGCCCCUGCUCUACGUCAUCGCCUUCUUCAUCCUCAUCUCGGGCCUCUUCUCCGUCCUGCUCUCUCUGGCGCCGUGCUUCGUUAAGUCCAAGAACCACUGCUACCGCGGCUAUGAGUCUCACUACUCCUUCGACGUCGACCGCGCCGACCACGCCGAGUGGAUGCGCGCCAUCCCCGACGACGCCAACCUCACCAGCCUCUCUAUCCCUGGCACGCACGACACCAUGACCUACGACCUCGACAACCAGGUCUUCCAGUGCCAGAACCACAACCUCUCGGCCCAGCUGCACGCCGGCAUGCGUUACCUCGACAUCCGCGGCCGCCUCGUCAACGACUCGAUCGACAUCUACCACGCCUCCAUGCCCACCGGCCAUUCCUAUACCGAGGUCCUGCUCACCGUCUUCGACUUUCUCGACGACCACCCCAGCGAGACCGUCGUCAUGCGCCUCAAGGAGGAGGGCCGGCCCCUCGGCGCCAACACCAUGACCUUUGAGGACGCCUUCAACUUCUACCUGCACAACUCCACCGCCACCUCCUCCGGCGCCAAGUCCCACUUCCGCAAGCACGACCCGCGCAAGCCCUACCCGACCCUCGGCGCCCUCCGCGGCAAGAUCUUCCUCCUGCAGAACUUCCCCUCCAAGGGCCCCGAGAGCCCCUACGGCGUCGUCUGGGCAUCGGCCGACAUGGUCCUCGAGGACCUCUGGAUCAUCCCGAGCGUCGAGCACCUCUACAUGAAGUGGGAGGCCAUCGAGAACGCCCUGCGCCGCGCCGCCACCGCCGGGGACCACGCCAACCGCGUCCUGUACCUCGCCCACCUGAGCGCCUCGGUCGGCGUGCUGCCCAUCGAGGCCGCCGCGGGGAACCUGAACCGCACCGUCGCCGGCAUGAACGACCGCACCGGCGACUGGCUCGCCGCCACCGCCGACCGCGGCGACAGCGGUAAGACGGGCGUCGUCAUCAUCGACUUCCCCGGCAAGGAACUUGUCGACCAGGUGCUGGCCCGGAACCGGCCCUUGACGGACCGCGGCGCCGAGUUGUGAGCCGGGCCGGAUCGCCCGGCCAGCUGGUUCGGGGUUUUCUUCUGUAGGGUCCAGUAAUACCAUC